AUGACCGACAGCGUCUUCGAAAUCGCCUCUUAGAACAAGAAACGCGUCCUUCCAGCUCCGUACUAAACGCCGUCCGAUAGUCUGAACGCUUUUCUUAGCCUGGUUCCCCUCAGGGUCGUCGAAGGUAAACGGUCAGUCCAGCGUCGCUCGCUUUGCGCCGUGUCACAUUAUGGAAAAAGCCAAAACGCCCGAGCAAAAUGGAGCACCGACGCACUACAGCAACGGUCUGCUGAACGGAUUCCACACGGCGCAGUCCAGUCCGAGCGCCGUCGGUGGAGGAGGAGGAGACGAUGGUGGCCCGAACUGUAGCGGUGGACAUAAUGGUAUUGAAAAUUUCCACCAUCUUCAUCAGGAUGUUCACAACAGCGUCUCUCCUGCCAAACGCUGCAGGCUGCGGAGACGCGUGGACUCGGGCAGAAAGAACCGACCCCCUUUCCCUUGGUUUGGCAUGGAUAUUGGAGGCACCCUGGUGAAGCUGGUCUACUUUGAGCCCAAGGACAUCACAGCUGAGGAGGAGCAAGAGGAGGUAGAGAGCCUGAAAAGCAUCCGCCGCUACCUGACCUCCAAUGUGGCCUACGGCAACACGGGCAUCCGUGACGUGCACCUGGAGCUGAAGAACCUGACCAUGUGCGGCCGCAAGGGCAACCUGCACUUCAUCCGCUUUCCAACGCACGAUAUGCACAGCUUCAUUCAGAUGGGCCGUGACAAGAACUUCUCCAGUCUGCACACCACACUGUGUGCCACAGGAGGGGGAGCCUACAAGUUUGAGGAGGAUUUCAGAACGGUUGCGAAUCUGGAGCUGCAGAAGCUGGAUGAAUUGGACUGUCUGAUCCAGGGCUUGCUUUAUGUUGACUCAGUAGGCUUUAAUGGCCACCCAGAGUGCUACUUUUUCCAAAACCCCUCAGACCCGGAAAACUGUGUCAAGAGGCCGUGCUCCCUUGACAAUCCCUUUCCUAUGUUGCUGGUAAACAUCGGCUCAGGGGUCAGCAUCCUGGCAGUUUACUCCACAGACAACUACAAGCGGGUCACGGGCACCAGUUUGGGAGGCGGAACAUUUCUUGGCCUGUGCUGCUUGCUGACCGGCUGUGAGACGUUUGAAGAGGCUUUAGAAAUGGCAGCUAAGGGGGACAGUACUAACGUCGACAAGUUGGUGAAAGACAUUUAUGGUGGCGAUUAUGAGCGCUUCGGUCUUCAGGGCUCUGCUGUAGCAUCCAGUUUUGGGCAUAUGAUGAGCAAGGAGAGACGUGAUAGCAUCAGCAAAGAGGACCUAGCCAGAGCUACUCUGGUCACCAUUACAAACAACAUUGGUUCCAUCGCUCGCAUGUGUGCUGUAAAUGAGAAAAUCGAAAGGGUGGUAUUUGUGGGGAAUUUCCUGCGAAUCAACACAGUUUCAACGAAGCUGCUAGCCUACGCCAUGGACUUUUGGUCAAAAGGUCAACUGAAAGCACUGUUUUUGGAACAUGAAGGUUAUUUUGGGGCUGUUGGUGCCUUCCUAGAACUACUGAAGAUGACUGAUGACCUCUGAGGCAUUAAGGAACUCAAGAACUUUUUAACCAGAAGCUGCUGUAAGAUGUCAAAAGAAAAACCACCACCAGUAAUAAGGAAAAGCAAUUUGGAUAAGAUCAGAUAUCCAGAUAUAAAAUGAUGAUGCCUGAUGAUCCUCCUGCUCUAUUGAAACGCGUAAUGCAGACACUCGACUGAGGGUUGGAGAAAAGCUCGUGUGUAUUCGCCACUAACAGAAAAGCCGCUCAUGGUACAGUCUGCUGUAAGAUAGAAAUGAUGAUGGUUAUGUCGAUAGACCAUAUAAGCCAAACUCUACUGAUUUUCAGCCUAAUGCUGAGCACUUGUACUAAAUAGUUGUUGUGUGUUUUUUAGUAAUUGUCCUGGAACUUGGCUUAGAAGAAACAAACCCAAAGUCUCUUCUCACAUUUUAAGUCUUGGUUGUCUUGUCCUGAGGUUUUGCUUCAUCAUGUGCAAAUGGGUUUUAGGUUUUGACUACAUUUUAUGGUUUGAAAGGUCCAAUGCGUACAGUUUUAGCAUUAAGACUUGGUACACUUGUAAUGACGAUGCCAGUUACUUUUUUAUAAUAGGUACAGGACAAUGGGAGCAGUAACAAAAAGUCUCUUUGUCUCUUUAAGCUGGUCUGAGCAGUACUGGAUGUACUUCCAGUUUACAAGUAACACGAAAAAAAUCAUGUGACCAAUCAUGUAAUUAGCGGUUAGUAAACAAUAUGCAAUGUACUACAAAGCUGUUAAUUGCAAGACCGAGCAAUUAGCAUUACUAUGCACAUCUCGGUAAGCUAAGGACUGUGGUCCAGCAACGGUAAACACAGAGGACCUGGGCAUAAUUGUUAGGUCAGGAGAUUUUUAUGUAUUACUUAUUGGAUGUUGAUAUUUAUGUGUCAAAAACUAAACUGUAUAAAUCAGAUGAGGAAAUUUCUGAAGCGAUUUUGCAGUAUUAAGCAAAUCAGAUCAAACAUAUUGACCUGUGUCUUGAGAUUUCAGCAGAUUUCUAACCUUUUUUUUUUUUUUUAAUUUUUGGGACCAAGAUUUCAGUGUUUACUGAUCAACAUUUUAUCCAUUUCCUAGAUGAGUAGCUUGGGUGUAGAUUUAUGUAAUGGUAUGCAUCGGCUCUGUUUAUAUCCCAGUUGAAAUAAUUGUUUGCUAAAUGACUACUUUAUUCACACAACCAUUUUCAUUUCUCUCUUUACAUGUACUUACACUGUAAUAAAUGUGUUGUAUUUUUUUUAUUAUUUAAUCCAUAGUGUGUAGAAUAUUUGAUUUAAGAGAUUUUGUGGAAUUAUAUGAUAGUAUCACAGUUUCACUUGAAACUUCAAAAUGAGCCUCUACACCUUUUUCCUGCCUUCCUCCUGCCUUUCCAGCAAAUGCCUUCAUUUGCAUCUAACUACAUCUCAUGUUUUUCUGAGAAAAGCCCAAUGGCGUGUACCUUUAACAUGAACAUGCACCUUUAAUUUGCCUUCUUCAAGGAUACCUACAAUACUACAAGUAGUCCUCUGUAAUUCUGAACAUGUUCAUACUGGCUGCAUUUUCCAAGCUGUGAAAUAUAGACAUGUGCAAUGGAGGUUUAAGUGUCACUUAGCAAAGGGGGCUUGAUGUAAAACAUAUGGUAAACAUACCCUCCAGGAUGUACACUGAAAAUCCAGAAAAUUUGGAAAGGCCAGUUACUGUGACCUGUUUGUUUAACACCCUGCCCUGCUUGAGAAUGUUUGGCCUUAUUUCUUGUUUUUGCUGUGUCAGCAUUUCUGAAUUAGCUGAGAAUGUGACACAGUAUGCAGCAUGUCACCACCAGGCUUGGCACUGUAACCUUUAAACAAAACAACUUUGUAUUCAACCAGUUUAAGUAGACGCUAUUCAGUAGGAUUUCAGAGACUCACUCCUCUGUAGACAGAACACAAUCUCUGUUAUUGUUGCACUCAUGGUGAUUUUUGAGAAAAGAAAUCCACUGUGGUUACACUAGGUACCUGUUUUUAUUCUGGCUGAAAUUGUGGGACUGGGGGUAAACUGUUCCAUGUGUAAAAGUGGUCCUCGUCCAAGGCUGUGGUUUAAAAAAAGCUGAGGGUGUUAAAUGAACAGUUGAAUGUGGUCAAACACUAAAAUAUUCUAAAUAUUUAAUGUAACCUGUUCUCCUGUAUUUUUUCACUACCAACAAAUGUAUAGCUGUAUUGUAUGUCUGUAAAAAUGCCUCAUACUCUGCAGAUUAAAUACUCCAUCGCUUUUAUGCAGUUAAAAGCGCAUGGACCUUUAUAAAACAUUGUGAUGUCACUGGAAAUCAAGCGUUUUUAUUAAUUGUAUAGAGAUUUGAAACCAUAUUUCCACAUCACUCACUCAUUACCUCUCCCCAGAAUCAUUGCCUUAUGUUGUUGGCCACCAUUUUCAUCUAAGUAUUAAAGUAUGCACAAUAGUAGUUCAACAUGACAACGUAUAAUUUAUCUGCAGUGUUACGGUGUGCCUUUUACUGAUGAAGAUUGGAAUUAUAUCUGUACAUUUUCCUUCUUGUAAUGUGAUGUUCAAGGCUCAUAAGAAAAUGUAAAUUCUGUAAGGUCUUGACUAAAAUUUGUCUGUUCAUGAUUUAAAUGUGAUAUUACACACUGUUCUGAACUCUGAGCCACGGCACAUUAUGAAACAGUAAGAAUGACAUGAAUGCAAAACCGUGUGGGAUCAAGUUGAGGCACUACAGUUGUUAAUGUUGAAUUUGUGCUUUGUAUCAGACCUUGUUCAUUUCAGAAGUUAUGGGACUUAGCCAGGACUUAAAGGUGUUUGCUUCUUCAUCUUAUGUUGCAUUGUUUUUCUUUUUUUUCCACAUUGUUUUCAUAAGCCUGUUUAUAAUGCAUUUUCAUCAAAGAUCUAUAAAGAUUUUAACAUAAUUGAUUUAAA